AUGUCUACCAACUGUCGCCGCAGACUCAUCCGCGACUUCAAGCGCCUCUCCACCGACCCGCCUGGCGGGAUCUCAGGUAGUCCAUGCCCGGACAACAUCAUGCUCUGGAACGCGGUCAUUUUCGGGCCAGCGGACACACCGUUCGAGGACGGCACCUUCAAGCUGCUCCUCACUUUCGAUGAGUCGUACCCGAACAAGCCGCCGACGGUCAAGUUCCUCUCGCGGAUGUUCCACCCGAACGUGUACGCAAACGGCGAGCUCUGCCUCGAUAUCCUCCAGAACCGCUGGUCGCCCACGUACGACGUCGCCGCCAUCCUCACCUCCAUCCAGAGCCUCCUCCACGACCCCAACCCGAACUCCCCGGCGAACGCGGAGGCCGCACAGCUGUAUCGCGAGAACAUGAAGGAGUAUGUGCGGCGCGUACGUGCGACGGUUGAGGAGAGCUGGCUGGACCCGGAGGAGCAGCAGGCGAUGAACGCGGCGGAGGGGAGCGCCGCGAGUGGAUGA